CUACUUCAGUCAAUCCUCUUUGGGUUGGACCCUGGAUUGUCAAAGCCACUGCUAAAGGAACUGGAGGGAAUCGUCUCAGGUGAAAAUGCUGUUUUAUACCCUCUUGGGGGGCUACGUCUUGAGCUCAGUGAUUUUGUUCAAGUACCCAAUGCUGAUUCAUAAGAAGAAAAAAAUUAAAUUUGAGUGUAAACAUAUCAGUCAUCGAGGAGGGGCUGGGGAGAGCUAUGAGAACACCAUGAGCGCUUUCAAAAGAGCUGUGGAAAUUGGCACAGAGAUGUUAGAAUUGGAUUGCCAACUCACCAAAGACGAGGAAGUCGUCGUUUCUCAUGAUCAGAAUCUCCUGAGGAGCACAGGACUCAACAAAAAUAUCUGCGAAGUCAAUUACAAUGAUUUGCCUCUCUUAAAACCUUGCCUCCCCAUUGAUUUCGAUCCAGAGGUUGAAUAUGUCGGGUCAGCGAAUGAGUCAGACCGAAAAUUUCCUCUUCUCAAAGAAGUAUUCGAUGCAUUCCCGGAUCUUCCGAUAAAUAUUGACAUAAAAAUCAACGAUGACAGACUAAUUUCGAAGGUGUCAGACUUAAUUAAACAGUACAAUCGAGAAGAAUACACGGUGUGGGGCAAUUUCAACAACGAAAUAACUCAAAAAUGCUACAAAACAAAUCCAAAUGUUAAUUUAUUCUUUUCAAUGAAGCGAGUGACAACUCUCGUAUUGCUGAUGUAUUCUGGACUUUUACCAUUCGUUUCCCUCAAGGAGACUCACCUAGAGAUAUUUUUACCCUCGAUUUACCUCAGAAGAAAAGGGGGCCUGUCAGCAACAUUUCUACCUCUUCACAAAGUCGUAUGUCACAUGACGAAUUUAUUAUUAAUCAGACCGUGUUUGUUUAAUCAUUUACAAGCACGUGGCAUUCACGUUUAUUUCUGGGUCCUGAACAGAGAGGAGGAAUACGAACGUGCCUUUCGACUAGGUGCAACAGGCGUGAUGACAGAUUAUCCCACCAAGUUGAAAACAUUUUUAAAUAACAAUUACGAGUUGAACUAUGAAAAAAAUUGAUCGAAAAUUUUUAAAUAGUUCUUUAACGUUUUGAAUAUUCAGUCAAUACCAAACAUUCGAUUAUUAGCACAAUUCCAGUCUCUAAGGUCACUGCUUUGUACAUAAAUUAUUUAUUUAUUCUUUUAAUUGUGUGUAUAGUUGUUUUUAAGGCUUCUGAAGGUCUCGUAUUAAAAAAAACUUGACUGCUCUUGAAAAAUUCUCACGCUUUUCCACCGCACAAAACCAAAAAA